CAUUUCCAGGGUCGGAAAGCUAAAAUUCAUCCAGGAAAUAAAGAAUUUAGGGUGGGAAAGGAGAGUGACGGUUUUGAACUAAGUCAACUCGGGCAACUGAAAGAGCUUGGAGGAUCACUAGAACUUCGUAAUCUUGAAAAGGUGCCAACAAAAGACGAAGCAAAUGAGUUAAAACUAGUACACAAGAACCACCUAAAAGAACUCACGCUAGAAUGGAAUGAUAGACGUCCUAAUAAGGAUUCUGUACAAGAAGAAAGUAUCCUUGAAAGUCUUGUACCACAUGGCAAUCUUAAAGAGCUACGGAUAUACUGGCAUGGGGGCACUAGUUGUCCAUCCUGGCUAUGUGAUGAUCUCUCACUUAAAUAUUUGGAACAUCUUUGUCUGCAUGGCGUAUGUCGGAAGAAUCUUCCGCCUCUAGGGGAGAUGCGGAUGGUUAAUGAGCGUGGUGAAGAGUAUCAGAGUUGUAGUAUCUCAAGGUUUCCUAAUUUGAAAAGGCUGCAACUAAGUGUUAUAUCUUGUUUAACAAAAUGGGUUGGGAAUAGCGCUUGUCCUUUUUUCUCCCACUUGGAAGUGCUCAUCGUGAGAGCUUGUUCUGAACUGACGGAGUUACCGUUUUCACAUCCUACUUGUUGUCAAGCACAACAAGAGGAGAAAAUGGCUUGGUUUCCUAAACUAUGGGAGCUUGUUAUUGAAAACUGCCCAAAACUAGCGUUCUUGCCUCCUAUCCCUUGGAGGAUUGAUGCUCAGUGCUCUGCUAAGAUAGAAAGAGCGGGAUCAGGCUUUGAGCAGCUCAUUUAUGAAACAAAAUUGCGAGGACUGGUGGAUGUUAAGGGAAAAGAUGGUCUCGGUGAUGUGUUGUGGAAUGGGUUGAAUUUCUCGAGUCUAACUGAUGUAGAAUAUUUGUGUAUGGAUAGAUGCCCUCUCCCGCCGUUGGAUCACAUGUGAGUGCUAACUUGUCUGAAAAGGAUCAUGAUGCGUUGUCCUAGUAGCAUCUUGCCGGGGUUUCAAGGUAUGGAUCAUGGCAUGUACAGGUUUCCAUGUGAAGACUUCCAUAUCACUAGUUGUGAUGCUAGUGGGGAAGAAUUGACGCUGCUACUCUCGUUCUUUCCGGAGAUCUCAAAGUUGAUUAUGAGUAGAUGUUAGAAUAUAACUGGGUUGGGUGUGGCAGAGAAUGCAGAAACUGCUUCGGAAAAGCAGCAGCAGACAAGAGGAGAUAAAGAAGAAAUAAUAACAGCGGCAGCAUCACAAGGGCUGCUGCUCUUGCCUCCCAAGAUACAACACUUGCUAAUUGCUUCUUGUUUCUGCAAUCCACCGAACGACGACCACAUAGAAGGAGGUGGGCUACAACGUCUCUCCCUCCGCCAGUUGCAUAUAUCAGGUUGCGCUGAGUUCUUCUCCUCCAUUUCGCCCUCCUCUUUUCCCCCUUUCCCUACUUUCCUACAAAGCCUCUCCCUAGAUGGGGGCGUUAAGCACAUGGAGACGCUGCACACCAUCUCAAACCUCACCUCUCUCACCGAAUUAAGAAUGGGAAUACUUGGGGAGUCAAGAGCCGUUGGCUUGUGGCCUCUCGUCGCCCAUGGCUGCCUCACAAGAUUGACCCUCUAUACUACCUCCAAUUUCUUCGCCGGUCCCGACCCCUCACAGCCGCAUGACACCGAGGUGUUUUCCUGUUCCUCCAAGCUCUUGGAUCUGACCACGGGAAGCGACACAGGAGUGCUUGCCGCGCCGAUCUGCAGCCUCCUCUCUUCCACCCUCACCAGACUGCAUCUCAGAUUCGAUGACGAGGUGGAGCACUUGACAAAGGAGCAAUAGGAGGCCCUUCAACUCCUAACCUCUCUCCAGGAGCUCAUGUUUUGGGAUGGAAAAAGCUGCAGCGCCUCCCUGCAGGGCUACACAAGCUUCUCAACCUCAAGGUAUUAAGGAUCAACGACUGUGGUUCCCUCAAGGCGCUGCCCAACAGCCUCCCUAGUUCUCUGGAAAUAUUGAAGAUCUCCUACUGUCAAGCCAUCAAGUCACUGCCCAAGGAUGGCCUUCCAAAUUCAAUGCUAGAAUUAGAUGUCCAUGACCGCAACAACGAGGAGCUAAAAAGGGAGUGCCUCAAGCUAAUAGGAACCAUUCCGACUGUGAAAACCUAACCAAUCCAAGGUUUCUCCUUGGAUUUGUAUAUUCCUGUAGCCUCCUAGAAUGCUCUCUAUGGAAUCGGGGUUUCCGGGUGCCGGCUGCAAGCGUGACAGUCUCAGUUUUUAUCUUCCAUCCUGCACAUAAAACUGGCUUGGCCAUAGAGUUGUAAAAUCUCCUAUCUUUGUGGAAUACUCUGCAUUCGCACACUGUUCCAACAUCAUAGCCUUCAGCGUCAUCUCUUCCCGAGAAUAAAUUGACAAUGUGAUAUAUGGCAUGUGGUACAACUUUGGAAAUCAAGAAUGCAAUAGGAACAUGGCUACUAGUUGUGCUUU